CACAAUAUUAAAGUAAUGUAACUUGAUUACAAUCAGUUAGUUUUGGAUUAAUAACAAAUGAAGACCAGAGAAAUUAAAUCAGUUUUAAAAAGUAGCUUUUUGUGUAUCCUGUUAACAAGUGUUUAUCUGUAUUUGUUCAAUUAACUUUUAUUUUAACAUGAGAAGUUACAGUAAAUAUGAUGCAGUUGAGUUUCUCUGGCAGGGACUCGAACUCAGGAUAAAAGCCGAUUUUCUGAUAACAGAACUCCUACUCUACAGACAGGGCUAAACCACUUUGAGGGGUUAGAGGUUUCUCUGGUUGAGUGAAGUAAGUCCAGCCCACAGGUUUUCUGACGAAUCCGUGUGGUGCGUGCCGAAAGGGGCGGUCUCACCCGUUUCCCGCGUAAAAUUAGCGCAUUUCCCUCCAAAAAGUUAUUUGUGUAUAUAUUUACCUGACUGAUCUUCACUCUGGUCCCUUCUCUGAGGACGCAAACACGGUGAACAGUGGGACUUGUCUUCAGCUUCAGGUGGAACAGCUCUGACCUGUAUGGUGAUCAGCACCGGAGAGGACAGACACCUGAUCCAACAAGGUGACAGACGAGCCGCCACAGGACCUGAAGCAGGAAAACUGAGGAUCCGUCUUCUGAUGAAACUCCUUCAGGUGCUGCAGGUGAACAGUGGGACUUGUCUUCAGCUUCAGGUGGAGCAGCUCUGACCUGUAUGGUGAUCAGCACCGGAGAGGACAGACACCUGAUCCAACAAGGUGACAGACGAGCCGCCACAGGACCUGAAGCAGGAAAACUGAGGAUCCGUCUUCUGAUGAAACUCCUUCAGGUGCUGCAGGUGAACAGUGGGACUUGUCUUCAGCUUCAGGUGGAGCAGCUCUGACCUGUAUGGUGAUCAGCACCGGAGAGGACAGACACCUGAUCCAACAAGGUGACAGACGAGCCGCCACAGGACCUGAAGCAGGAAAACUGAGGAUCCGUCUUCUGAUGAAACUCCUUCAGGUGCUGCAGGUGAACAGUGGGACUUGUCUUCAGCUUCAGGUGGAGCAGCUCUGACCUGUAUGGUGAUCAGCACCGGAGAGGACAGACACCUGAUCCAACAAGGUGACAGACGAGCCGCCACAGGACCUGAAGCAGGAAAACUGAGGAUCCGUCUUCUGAUGAAACUCCUUCAGGUGCUGCAGAUUCUCGAUGAGAGCAGAAGCGUCAGACAUGUCGGAGACGAACCAGCCUGGAACAUCUGCACACCUUCAGGAAGUGAAGCAGAAAUGCAGCCAGACAAAACACCAAGAAACAGACGCACAACACUGAAGAGCUCCAGCCGGCCCACCCUUCUCUCUGCAGCCAUGGCCGCGGAGGCUGCCGGUCGGGACGAUGCGACGGCCGGUCCUGCAGACUGCACCGAGAUGGGGGAGCGGCUGAAGGACGGGAACAUGAAGGCUGACCUGGAGGCCGCUCUGCCUGCUGGACGGGAGGACUUUGCGAUCCAGUGCCGAGAUGUGUGCCGGUCUUACGGCAAACUGAAGGUCCUCAACAACCUCAACCUGACCGUGCCACAGGGCCAGAUUUACGGCCUUCUGGGCCCCAGUGGAUGUGGGAAGACGACGCUUCUGAAAUGCAUCGUGGGAACGCUGAAAAUCUCGCGGGGGCACAUCACCGUGUUGGGGAAGCCGCCCGCGUUUCCCGGCCACGACGUGCCGGGGAAGAUGGUCGGAUACAUGCCGCAGGAGCUGGCGUUGUACAACGAGUUCACCAUCAGCGACACGCUGACCUUCUUCGGCAGAAUCCACGGCCUGACGUGGAAGGAAACCAAGGCUCGCAUGGACUUCCUCAUCGACUUCCUGGAUCUACCUCAGAAGACCAGCCUGGUCCGAAAUCUCAGCGGAGGUCAGAGGCGCCGGGUGUCGCUGGGAGCGGCUCUGCUGCAGAACCCGGAGCUGCUCAUCCUGGACGAGCCGACGGUCGGAGUGGACCCGGUGCUCAGGUCCAAGAUCUGGCAACAUCUGGUGGAGAUUGUGCGGACGGGGAAAGUGUCGGUCAUCAUCACCACACAUUAUAUAGAGGAGGCCCGGCAAGCCAACGUGGUCGGUCUCAUGAGGAACGGCUGCUUGCUGGCUGAAGGUCCUCCAGAUUCAGUCAUGAAGCAGCACAGCGCAACAACCCUGGAGCACGCCUUCCUGCAGCUGUGCGAGACGUCGGACCAGAACGGUUCUAAAAGGGGGUCCAGUCCGCCGGGCGGCCCGUUAGAGAACAGCCAAUCAUUCGAGAGCGGGAAGGACGAGAGCCGGCCAAUUCUGGCGGUCGGAGCAGGAGCCGCAGAGGAAGUUCCCAAAUAUUCAGCGGACUGGAAGGUGCGAGCCAGACACCUUCUGCCAAAAUGGAGAAACAUCGCCGCCCUGAUGAUCAAAACAAUGGUGCGAAUGAGGAGACUGCCGGGCUCGUUGUGUUUCCAGUUCUUGCUGCCCGUCAUCCAGGUCUCUCUGAUCUGUUUGUGCGUCGGUGGAGAUCCAAAGGGGAUCCAGGUCGCUGUGGUGAACAACGAGACCUCCUCCACCGCGUACAGCCAAGCGCUGCUCUCCUUCCUGGACAACACCAGCGUGCACCAGGUGCAUUUGUCCCACGAGGAAGCUUUCGAUGGGAUCUAUAACGCAGAGUACUGGGGCGUCAUCGGCUUCGGGAAGAACUUCACCAGCUACCUGACAAAAAGGAUGAUCCAGCGGCAGGUUGCUAGAGAUGUGGUCGAUGGAGGAUCCGUCCACGUCUGGCUGGACUUUACAAAUCGACAAAUCGCCCUGAUGCUGCAGAAGAAACUCCACGAAGCCUUUCAGGCCUUCGUGGACAAUAAGUUGGGCAGUAUGUCGUAUCUGGUCUCCCUGCCGAUAAAGUUUGAAGAGCCGAUCUACGGCAGCCUGAACACAGACUUCACAACGUUUGUGACGCCGGGCGCCGUUCUCAGCAUCACCUUCUACCUGGCUGUGGGUCUGACGGCUCUCUCCUUCGUCCUGGAGAGGAAGGAGGGGCUCCUGGACCGAUGCUGGGUCGCAGGUGUGAGCUCUCUGGAGACGAUGCUGGCUCACCUCUUCUCUCAGCUGUUCGUCAUCAGCGUUCAGAUCAUCCUGCUGCUCCUCUUCAUCCUGCUCGUCUUCAAGAUGCCGAAUGAAGGCUCCCUGGUGCUGGUCAUAAUUCUGAUCGUGCUGCAGGGCGUCACCGGCAUCUCGUUCGGCCUCGUCAUCUCAUCCGCAAUCGACGACGAGCAGAGUGCCAACCAGGCCGCCCUGGGCAUCUUCUACCCCAACCUCAUCAUCAGCGGUAUCAUCUGGCCCGUGGAGUGUAUCCCGUAUCCUCUCCGCUACCUCAGCCUGGCUCUCCCUCAGACCUACGCCUCAGAAGCCCUUCGCUGUAUCAUGUACAGAGGUUGGGGUCUGUCUCGGAUGAUGGUGUGGCGAGGCUUCGCCGUCACCCUGGGCUGGAACACCUUCUUCCUCAUCCUGGCCACGGUCAUCUUGAAGCUGAGGACGUGACAGCCUCCUCCCGGAGAACCUCCUCAGUGUUGGGGACGGAGCCGUCAGGUGAAGCCCGGGAGACAACGACUCACCUGGGCCUUCCUGUCUGUGGACGGACUACUAUGGCAGCCGGGAGCGGGAGGAUGGAGGAGGGGAGGGGUCACUGUGUGUGGCAUAAUGGACUGAUGAGGCUGAUGCAUCAGUCUCCCUCCUCCAGAUUACCUGUCCCACACACACACACACACACACACACACACACACACACACUUCUACACAAGCCAGCUGCCUGAUCCUGCAACAGUUGCUUUGGCCUGUUCAAGCGAGUGAACCUUCAAAAUGCUGCACAUAGAAGAACACAGGAUAGAAUAAGCACAUGUACAAUAUGAGUUUGUAGUAUUAUAGAUUUGUUUCUUCUCUGUGCAGUUUGUUGAAGCUUUUCACUCCCAGAACGGGUCACGUACCAACUCAGGGUCAUUUUUUUUAUUUCUGUUUACCCUCGGUCUUAAUGCUUAUAGAGAGAUUUAGUGGUGGAUAUACCAGCUAUAACUGUAGGACGUUGUCGUUAAGAAAAUGUGAAAACUAUGUAUUUUUUUCCGGCUGCUUUACACGUAGAGAAAUUAAGGAUGGAUUAUAUGGAAUUACGUGGCAUCCCAGAAUAGUUUUAUAAAGUGUUGAUUGCCUCUCAUUUUCCAGGAAAUUCCCAUUCAGGCUUCCCACACAACCCAGUCUCCAGAAUAUAUGGUAGCUAAACGUGUUUCUGCAAAACCACAGAUAAGUUAAAACUGAUUAAUUUCUUUAUUUCCACUCUUGUCACAACGUUGGCUAGGGUUUAUGCACAAAAACCACUUGGUUAAAGUCAGGAGAACAUCAUGGUUUGGCUUAUAAUACCUGUUUUGGUCGCCCCGAUCACAGACUGGAGACAGUCCAAGUUCCCGUGAAAAGUAGACGGUUUAGGCCACCACUAAAAGAGCUGGAAAAGUCCACAGGUCUCCUUAAAAACACCCCGUUUUGACACUGAUCAACAGCUGGAAAUGUCUGCAGUUUCCUUAAAACUAUCCAAAAUGAGGUGGCGAUGACGUUCCUCUGCCUUGUUGCCUCUUGAUGCUCCUGUGCCUCUCGAUGUGACAGUCAGAACGUGAACGCGAUACGCCAGGUUUGCUGCGAAUGUCCUCCUCGGACGUAUCUGUGGUUUGCAGAAACGUUAAACUAAACUAACAUUGCGUCAGGGCGACUAGGCUGCCUGUCUAGUUGUCUGCUUGUGAUGAUUAUUCAGAUUUACGUGCGCGUCUCGCGUGUGACGGGCAGCGUUUCCAUUCCCUCAGUUCAGAUGGUGUCCUCCAUACAUUGUGUUCUGUGCCUGAAUCUCCUGUGGAAGAAAACAAAAGGUGGGGUUGAUGUUGGUGAUGGGAA